CGCUCCCACGAGUCCACAUCUGCUGCAUCUCAAUCUUGAAGCACGACUGAAUUCUAACUCCAAGUUCAUAACAAUAUCAUUCUUAAAUCAUACUGUAGUAGUAUUGGAAUCGAUGUGGCGGCCUUUGGUUGGUUGUUAUUACAAGAAAGAAAAGAGAACAAAAGGAAACAAAAGAGGAAAUAAAUAAAAAAAAGGUUUGCCGAGUGCUUAAUAUCAAGCACUCGGCAAACACAUUGUUUGCCGAGUGUCCGUUAGACGACACUCGGCAAAGGGGUGACUCGCCGUCAGCCGCCGAACGGAGGGACACGUGGCGCGUUGUUUGCCGAGUGCCCGAAUUCGCCGAGUGUUUGUUCUCAAUUUUGCCGAGUGCUAUGGUUUGCCGAGUGUUUUUUGAUGUAUUUACCGAGUGCCUAUUUGUUUGCCGAGUGCUUUAGUCCGGCACUCGGCGUAGGUGGUUGUUUACCGAGUGCCCGAUAUAUAGCACUCGGCAUACAUGUAGGCACUCGGCAUACACAUCGUUUCCGGUAGUGCGUGUUGGAUAUCUCAAGAAAUUCUUUAUCAGGACCCUUGCCAUCAAAUUUUGGAGCGCCAAAUCUAGAUUUGAUUGCAUUGUAUUCUAAUUACAUCAGUGGUCAGAUACCAACAUCUAUCUGUGAAUUGAGCUUGUAUGGCUUGGAUUUGGCCAAUAAUCUUUUUGAAGGAGAACUUCCUCAAUGUUUAAAUAUGUCAAGAAUGACAUAUCUAUUAUUAAGUAACAAUAGCUUCUCUGGCAACUUCCCACCAUUUCUAAGAAGCUGCACGAGUCUGUCGUUUCUGGAUCUAUCAUGGAAUAGAUUCUCAGGAACAUUGCCAAUGUGGAUCGGGAGCUGCAGUUCAUUGCAGUUUUUACGACUGAAUCACAACAUGUUCUACGGGCAUAUUCCAAACAACAUCACAAGUCUCACAAAUAUUUAUCAUCUGAAUCUUGCAGCCAAUUGGAUCUCAGGUGUCAUACCUCCGCAUCUAUCAAAUCUAACGUUUAUGACAAGAAGAUAUAUACUGGAUCCUUACAAGGACAUUCCCGCCGGGUUCCAAGAUAUAAUUGGUGAAUUAUUAAUAGACACCAAGGGACAACAACUCAAUUACCAUGGUGCGGGUGUUUUGGAGAUACUGAGCAUUGACCUCUCAUCGAACCAUUUAACCGGUAAAAUUCCAGACGGGAUAACAUCUCUCGAUGGAUUGGUAAAUCUGAACUUAUCUCGAAAUCAACUGAAUGGAGAAGUUCCUGACAAGAUUGGGGCCAUGCAGUCGUUGGAGUCACUUGACCUCUCCAACAACAAUCUUUUUGGAGAAAUCCCAUCAAGCAUAUCAAAUUUGACAUUUUUAAGCAUUUUGGACUUGUCUUAUAAUAAUCUAACAGGAAGAAUACCAUCAGGACGUCAACUUGACACUCUCUACACAGGGAAUCCCUCUAUGUACGACGGAAACACCGGUCUAUGUGGGCAUCCUCUUCAAAGGAAUUGUGGAAGCAAUAAUACAUCUGAGCAUGGAGAUGAAAAGAGAGAUGAACAUCAUUCUGGGCCAAUGUACUUUUACUUUGGACUUGGCAUCGGAUAUGUAGUUGGUCUAUGGGUGGUGUUUUGUGCCCUACUAUUCCAGAAAGCGUGGAGGAUUGCUUAUUUUCACCUAGUCGACAGGUUUUAUGAUAAAAUUUAUGUGUUUGUGGUUGUAAUAUGGAAAAGCUUUACUAGAAAGGCAGACGUACGCUAAGCGGUAAAAAAGAACUAAUGGUGACAUAGCUUCCAUUGGAAUGAAGUUCUACGAAUACUUGGAAGGUGAACAGGUGAAGUGGCAUUUAGCAACAUCUAUAUUAUAUUGUGUAUCUUUGGUGAAGUUGUAAUAAUGGAUGUUCGAGUUAAGCCCCUAAUGCUCAUAUAUAUGCAAUGAUAUUUAUUUGUACUCGUCGGCCACGAUGAACCCAGUGAUUUGCUUUUCGUUUGUUCCAGUUCUUAUUCCAUUUGUCAGUUCAAAGCGCGCGCUCUCUCUCUUUCUCCUCUAUACUGGAUGUCAAAGAGAAGAUUCAGUCCAUAUUAUACCUCCUGUCUAAGCAGGAAGUUAUGCAAAACAAAUUACUACUACACUAACAUCAACUUUUUAAGAUUUGGUCAAAGAUGGCUUCAAGAAAACAAAAGUUGAAAGCACAGUUAAGAAAAAUUACCUUAUCAUCAAGA